AUGGCCGACGAUCUGGAAGUGAGCCUCCUCGCCGCCCUGCUGCCUGCCUGCACACCCGCUGACCCUUCCGCCUCGCAGGAGCGUCUCCAGAGCCACGCCCAGGCCUUCGAGGGCCUGAUGUCCCUCAUCCCCGCAAAGCAGUACUACGCUCAAGACACGAGUGACCAAUGGCAACGCAAGAAGCAAUCCAAAGCCCAGAAGAAGGCUGCCAAGCGCGCAAAGCUUGACCCGACCAACAUCCAGUCCGCCAAAGACGUCAUGGACGAGAACGAACGCAAGCGCAAGCGGGAGCUUGAUGGCGAUGGCGAUGGCGACAGCGACGAUCUCUCCGACCUGAAUGCCCCAGGCAAGGAGAAGCCGCGCGAGGGCUUGAAGCCAAAGGAUGUGAAGAAGCAGAAGCUAGACGGCGCAAUCGGGAAGGAUGCCGAGGAGGAAGACGAGGAGACGCGGCAGCAGAGAGAGGAAAAGCAAAAGAAGAUCGACGAGAGAAGGCAGAAAAAGAAGGAGAAGCAACAGGAGAAGGCCCAGACCAAGAAGCAGCGCCAGGAUGCCCCCUCUCUCGAGGCCCCGAACCCUGACGCCGACCGAAUGCAUGUUGAGCAGAAGCCGAAGGUCGACGCCCCUGCUCCGGCUGCCGAAGAGGCCUCUGACGCCGAAUCGGACCAUGGCAUAUCUGGAGAUGAAGAGAUCGACAAGGUUGAUGUCAGCGGUAUGAUGGAAGAUGCCAAGGACGACAACUCGUGGACUUCUGCCUCCCCUUCCCCUGGCCCCGAGUCCCCGGCUUCAUCCGCCAUCCCCUCUGCCUCCUCAUCGUCCUCGAUUAUUCCACCUACUUCAUCUGAGAGCUCGAAGAAGCUCAAAAACAAGGCUGGCAAGAUUCAGUUGCCGCAAGUUGAUCAAGAGGUGCUCAAGGCACGUCUACAGGCGAGGAUAGAGGCUCUUCGCGCAGCACGCAAAGCGGAUGGUAUAGACGGCAAGCCCGCGCGCAAUCGCCAGGAACUCAUGGAGGCACGGAGACGCAAGGAAGAGGAGAGACGUACACGGAAGAAAGAGAUGCGCAAACAGGCCAAAGAGGACGAGCAGCGGAAAGCAGCUGAGGUAGAGUUGGCUCGUCUCCGCGGCUCCGGCUCGCCUGGCACACCUGAUAUCUUUUCGCCCAUGGAACAGGAAAACAACUUUUCCUUUGGUCGCAUCACCUUUGAUGAUGGCCAGCAAAUGGACUCGUCCGCAUCGAAUCUGAUCGACGCCAAGAAGAAGAAAGGCAGGUCGGACGCCAAGACGGCUCUCGAGGCUGCGGAGAAGAAGCAGCAGCGUCUCGCCGGCCUUGACGAGGCGAAGCGCAAGGAAAUCGAAUCCAAGGAUCUUUGGCUGAACGCCAAGAAACGUGCCCACGGGGAGAAGGUCAAGGAUGAUACCAACCUACUCAAGAAGACGCUGAAGCGGAAGGACAAACAGAAAAAGAAGAGUGAACAGGAAUGGACCGAACGCAUCGAGGGAGUCGAGAAAGGCAAGGAAAUGCGUCAAAAGAAGCGUGAAGAUAACCUGCGGAAACGCCGUGAGGAGAAGGGCACGAAGCCCGGCAAAAAGGCCAACAAGCUCAAGGCGGGCAAGAAGAGCGCCAGGCCUGGCUUCGAGGGCAGUUUCAGGAGCAAGACUAAAUAA